AUGGAGGAAAAACCGGCGGGGAGCCACGCUGACUCGCCGGCGUCUGUUGAGCCGGUAACUUCAAGGCGCCGAGCUGGAGGGCACAAAAGGAAAGCGAAUUCACUCUCAAAUUCUCUCUCUUCACCUUUACCAUCGAAACGUCUCACUCGCGAGAAAGCUGCGAUCUCUAAUCUCUCGAUCCAUAACGGUCCUUUGACUAGAGCGAGACAAAGCCCUAACAUUUUGGCUUCUUCAGCGUCUCCAGCGGGCGUGCAGGUAGAACAGAAGGUAGUUGCGGCGGUGCCGGAUGCUGCGGCGGUGGUGGAGGAGGAGAGGAGGAGUAAGGUGGAGGAAUUGCAAGCAGCAAUUGAAGCGGAGUUUGAGGUUAUUAGAUCUCGUGAUUCUAAUGCUCAUGUUGUGCCUAGUCAUUGUGGUUGGUUCUCAUGGACAAAAAUUCACCUGCUUGAGGAGCGUUUACUGCCUUCUUUCUUUAAUGGAAAGUCCCAAAGUCGGACACCUGAUACCUAUUUAGAGAUACGUAAUUGGAUUAUGAAGAAAUUUCAUGCAAAUCCAAACACUCUUAUUGAAGUGAAAGAUUUGUCGGAACUUGUAGUUUCAGACUUAGAUGCAAGGCAAGAGGUGCUAGAGUUCUUGGACUAUUGGGGAUUGAUUAACUUUCAUCCAUUACAAUUGGAUUCUGCUUCCAAUGCUGAUGGUGAAGAAGCAGCAAAGAAAGAUUUGUCUCUUGAAAAGUUGUUUCGCUUUGAAACCAUUCAGCCACGUCCGCCUAUUGCUCCUAAACCUAGCCUUGCAGCUCCAACGACACCAUCUAGAUUGUUCCCCGAGUCGGCAAUUGCUGAAGAGUUGGCUAAGCUCGAGGGGGCAGGUGUUGAGUACCACUGCAAUUCUUGUUCAGCUGAUUGCUCUCGCAAGCGCUACCAUUGCCAAAAGCAGGCAGAUUAUGAUUUAUGUGCCGAUUGCUUUAAUAUUGGAAAGUUUGGCUCAAACAUGUCCUCGUCGGAUUUUAUUCUCAUGGAGCCUGCUGAGGCUGCUGGAGCAAGUGGUGGAAAGUGGACAGAUCAGGAGACUCUACUUCUCCUUGAAGCACUGGAGCUUUAUAAAGAAAACUGGAAUGAGAUUGCAGAACAUGUUGCCACAAAAACAAAAGCUCAAUGUAUAUUGCACUUUGUCCAAAUGCCAAUUGAGGAUGCCUUUUUUGAUUGUGCCAAUGAUAUGAAUGGCACUUCCAAAGAGACAGCAGAUGCUGAUGCAACCAUUGAUGACACAUCAGGCCCUAAAGAUGUCCCUGAUACAAGUGAGAGUAAAAUGGGUGCUAAUGAGGAUCAUCCCCUGACUCCUCCAAUGGAAACUUCAAAACCAGAAGAUACAAGUGAAGUAAAAGUUUGUCAGGAAAGUACAGAAAAUGAGAAAAGCAGGGAGGUGAUUAAUGGUCGGGAUACUUCAAAAUCAGAAGAUGCCAGUGAAGUGAAGGUUGGUGAGGAAAUGGAUGAAAAUGUUGCACUCAGAGCUCUUACAGAAGCAUUUGAAGCUGUCGGCUAUUCCCCAGCUCCUGAAAACCAACUUUCAUUUUCGGAAGUUGGAAAUCCUGUCAUGGCUUUGGCAUCAUUUCUGGCAAGAUUGGUGGGACCCGAUGUUGCUACAGCUUCAGCCUGCAGUUCUUUGAAAGCUUUGUCUAGCAAUUCUCCUGGCUUGCAGCUGGCGGCAAGGCAUUGCUUUCUUUUGGAAGAUCCACCAGAUGAGAGAGAGAAACCAUCCAGCAGUGAUUGUGUUGCUACUGAAAUGGCCGAUCAGGAUGCUCAAAAGGACAAGCAGGAGGAAAAAAGCCAGAAAGAGAAUAGCCCUACCUCAGGUUUAGGCGACAGAGACUUGUCAGAUGAUCACAGUGACAAGAAAGUCGAAGACUCUGUUCCAGAUGAGAAGAAACCAGUGGAUUCUUUGAAAGGCAAAUCCCCAGAGAAAGUAAAUGCUGUGAAUGAAGCAGAGACGUCAGUUAAUCAUGAGGAAGUUGAACCUGGUAGAUCAAAGGAAUCUAGCAAUUUAGAGUUACCGAAGGACCACACACCAAGUAUUGUAAAUGAAUCGGAGGAGAUACCGACCAAUUCAGAGUGUCCACCAAGCUUCAUGAAGGAACCACAGGAAGUAUCUUCUGCUGAAGAGCAUUCUCAGCUUAUAGAGGUUGCUAAGGAUGUGGAUAUGGUGUCUGAUUUAAACCCUCGGGAAAAGAAUGAGCCUUCUCAAUUAGUUGCAUCAAUUUCAGUUGACGAACCCCCUCAAGCUGGUGAUGUGUCAAAGGAUGUAGACAUGGUGUCAGAUUCUCUGCCUGCAGACAAGAAUGGAUCACAGCAACCAGCAAAAUCAAAUGUAGUAGGAGAGCACUCUCAGUCUACAGAGGCAACGGCAGAUGCAGACAUGUCAACUUCACAGCCUUUGGAACUGAAGCCUGAGUAUCUGAUGGUUGAAAGUGGAGCCACUGCAGAUGAGGGUCCCAAAGACAGUAAGAAAGAGAAGCCUGACAGUGAAGUGAUUAAAGAUGACAAUAAAAUUGAUAAAAUAAAGCGUGCUGCAGUUUCAGCUCUCUCAGCAGCAGCAGUGAAGGCAAAACUUCUCGCAAACCAGGAAGAGGACCAAAUCCGACAACUUGCUGCCUCAUUGAUAGAGAAGCAGUUACAUAAGUUGGAAACAAAGCUAGCUUUUUUUAACGAAAUGGAUAGUGUAAUUAUGAGGGUGAGGGAGCAACUGGACAGGUCAAGGCAAAGGCUUUACCAAGAACGAGCUCAGAUAAUUGCAGCCCGACUUGGUUUACCACCUUCAUCUAGAGCAAUGCCUCCAUCAUUACCUGCCAACAGAAUUGCAAUGAACUUUGCGAAUGCAUUUCCGAGGCCUCCAAUGAGCAUGACUGCCCAAAGGCCACCGAUUUCCAGACCGAUGGGUACAUUGGCUCCUAUCCCUUCUGGCACAUUUGUGUCCACGACAAAUACAGCAGGAAAUUCAAUUCGGCCUUCUGGUCAGGACAAACUUUCGUCUGUUGGGACAAAGUAG